GCGGUAAAGAAUCUACCUCACUGGGAAUGUCAUCAUUACCAACUUCAGAUGGGUUUAACCAUCCAGCCCAUUCUUCAGGACAGAGUCCUGAUGUUGGUAAUCCUAUGAGUCUUGCUCGCUCUGUCUCUGCUUCAGUCUGCCCUAUCAAGCCCAGUGACUCAGAUCGCAUUGAACCUAAAGCUGUGAAGGCUUUGAAGGCUUCAGCUGAAUUCCAGAUAAACUCUGAAAAGAAAGAACAUCUCUCUUUACAAGAUCUUUCUGAUCAUGCUUCCUCAGCAGAACAUGCUCCAAUAGACCAGAGUCCAGCUAUGCCUAUGCAGAAUUCAUCCGAAGAAACAACUGUUGCAGGUAAUCUGGAGAAAUCUGCUGAAAGAAGCACCCAGGGCCUCAAAUUUCAUCUCCUUACAAGACAGGAAGCUAGUUUAUCUGUCACAUCUACUAGGAUGCAUGAACCACAGAUGUUUAUAGGUGAAAAGGAUUGGCAUCCAGAAAAUCAGAACCUGAGUCAAGUGAGUGACCCUCAGCAGCACGAAGAACCAGGGAAUGAACAGUAUGAGGUUGCACAACAAAAAGCUUCACAUGACCAAGAAUAUCUUUGUAACAUAGGGGACCUUGAGCUUUGUGAAGAAAGGCAACAGAAUCAACACAAAAUUGUUGAUUUGGAAGCUACGAUGAAAGGAAAUGGGCUCCCACAGAAUGUGGAUCUUCCAAGUACAAAGAAAAGUAUUCCACCUUCAGGAUGCAGUGGCUGCUCAAAUUCAGAAACACUUAUGGAAAUAGAUAUAGCUGAACAGUCCCUAGUUACUGUGCUUAAUUCAACAGGCAGGCAGAAUGCCAAUGUCAAGAACAUUGGUGCAUUGGAUCUCACUUUAGAUAAUCCCUUGAUGGAAGUAGAAACAUCAAAAUGUAACCCUUCUUCUGAAAUUUUGAAUGAUUCCAUUUCCACUCAGGAUUUACAGCCCCCAGAAACUAAUGUUGAAAUAUCUGGAACAAAUAAAGAAUAUGGCCAUUACUCCUCUCCAAGUCUCUGUGGCAAUUGUCAGCCCUCUGUGGAGUCAACAGAAGAAUCUUGCCCAUCUAUAACGGCAGCCUUGAAAGAACUUCAUGAACUUUUGGUUGUUAGCAGUAAACCAGCUUCAGAAAAUACAUCUGAAGAAGUAAUCUGUCAAUCAGAAACCAUAGCUGAGGGCCAAACCAGUAUUAAAGACCUUUCUGAAAGAUGGACCCAAAAUGAGCAUCUUACCCAGAAUGAACAGUGUCCACAAGUCUCCUUUCAUCAGGCCAUAUCUGUAUCAGUGGAGACAGAAAAAUUAACAGGUACUUCAUCUGACACUGGAAUAGAAGCUGUAGAAAAUGUAAACUUCAGGAGUCUAGGUGAUGGCCUGUCAACCGAUAAGGAAGGUGUCCCCAAAUCUAGGGAAUCCAUAAACAGGAACAGUUCUGUCACUGUAACCUCAGCUAAAACAUCUAAUCAGUUACACUGCACCUUAGGUGUAGAAAUUUCACCCAAACUUUUAGCAGGUGAGGAGGAUGCACUCAAUCAGACUUCUGAGCAAACUAAGUCUUUGUCAUCCAAUUUCAUAUUGGUUAAAGACUUAGGUCAGGGCAUACAGAAUUCAGUAACAGACAGGCCUGAAACCAGAGAAAAUGUCUGUCCUGAAGCUUUGAGGCCGUUACUUGAAUAUGAACCACCUACCAGCCAUCCAUCAUCAAGUCCUGCCAUUCUUCCACCAUUGAUUUUUCCUGCUGCAGAUAUUGACCGGAUUAUCCGUGCUGGCUUUACUUUGCAGGAAGCUCUUGGAGCUUUGCAUCGAGUUGGUGGGAAUGCAGACCUUGCACUUCUUGUUUUGCUCGCAAAAAACAUCGUAGUUCCUACAUGACUAUGGGAAAGUGGGCUAGACCGUUCUCCAUUCCCUUUAAACAAAAGAAAGCUCUGUCUCUAUACACGCACACAUACACACUCACCACAUAUACAGUAUAUAUAGAAACCUGUAAGCAGAAUGUUGAGCCAGAUUUUUUUUAAAGAUUUUUUUCGGCCAAAGUAAUUUAUGAUCUCUUGUCUGAUGAAUUUGUCUAUCCUACUUGUUAAAAUUUAGGCCUUUUUUAAUGUAUUGGCAGUAUGUGCAUACAAAAGCUUUUUAUUCUCAUUAAGAUGUAUCCUGGAAUAAAAUGGAUGGUUUUGUGU